AAUAUGGCAUUUAUACUCCGAUCAUUAUCAUUCCGCUUGAAACAAAGAAAUGUACCUACUAACCAUUUGAUUAGGUUAUCUAACCAUGAAAUGCAUACGUCUAAAUGUAUGUUUCAUGGUGAAUAUGAAAUGCAAGAUCCUAAAACAGAGGCUGAUAUAGUUAAUGUCACUUUUAUCGACAAAAAAGGCAAAAAGCAUUAUAUAAAAGGAAAAGUAGGAGACAAUGUACUUUAUUUGGCUCAUAGAUAUGGGAUUGAAAUGGAAGGAGCAUGCGAAGCUUCCUUAGCAUGUACAACUUGUCAUGUAUAUGUACAUCACGAUUAUGUGGAUAAACUUUCGGUUCCUGAGGAAAAAGAAGAAGAUCUCUUAGACUUAGCACCUUUUCUGAAGGAAAAUUCUAGACUGGGUUGUCAAAUAAUUUUGACCAAAAAAUUAGAUGGUAUAGAACUAAAGUUACCGAAGGCAACUAGAAAUUUCUAUGUGGAUGGACAUACUCCAACGCCGCAUUAAAAAGCUAUUAAAAGUUAAUUUUUUUUUUCGUUCAACUAAGUCGAGCAUGUAAAUACAUUUGUAAUUAAUAUUAUUCAUUUGUACAUUUUUUUCAUAAUAAAUAGCACAAUUACGGAAAUUAAUGCGUCAUUUCUUCU